GUAACACCAUUUGCUGUUUGCUAACUAUUGAGUGGAAGACAAAGACGGAAAAAAGCCACGGCCAAAAUUGAACAAUGACUUGUUCUGCUUUGCUGGCCAUGCUAAUCGUCUUGCUCGUGAUUGGUUUUUGUGUAACGAAUGAGGCGCGGGCGAUGAGACGGAGUGUGGAUCUCCACGAGCCAAUCAAAAAGUCACACACAAUGCGGCACCGUGUAAAACGUGGCUGGAUUUGGACACAAUUCUUUAUACAGGAAGAAGAACCAGCUCCUCAAAAUAUUGGGCAGCUCAAAUCAGACUCUGACAAAGGGGACAUGUCUAUCAUGUACGUUUUGUCAGGAGAAGGUGCUGGGGAGGUGUUCCACAUAGACGAGAACACGGGUAAAAUUAUCACUUUGAGGAAGUUGGACCGAGAGGAGAAAGCCUUCUAUGUCCUUCGAGGCCAGGCCUUAGACAGAAGGUCCAACCAGCCAGUGGAACCAGAGUCAGAAUUCAUCAUCCGUGUGCAGGAUACAAACGACCAAAUGCCCCAGUUCAUAAAUGAACCCUAUGUGUCCAGCAUUCCCGAAAUGUGUCCCGUCGGGACCACAGUGGUGCAGGUGACAGCCACAGAUGCCGACGAUCCAUCGUACGGGAACAACGCCAAGCUCAUCUACUCCAUACAGCAGGGGGAGCCAUACUUCUCUGUGGAGCCCAAGACAGGGAUCAUUGUGACCUCAUGGCCCAACAUGGACAGGGAGGCCCAAGAGAGAUACCUAGUGAUUGUACAGGUGAAAGACAUGAUGGGACUUUCUGGGGGCUACUCCGCCACUACUACAGUUACCAUUAGCCUGUCUGAUGUCAAUGAUAAUGGACCUACAUUCCAACACAAUCUCUUUACCUUCGCCGUGGCUGAGUCUGCCCCUGUGGGUACCACAGUAGGCAGGAUUAUGGCGGAAGACCCAGAUGUUGGCAUCAAUGCCAGGAUGAACUACAGCCUUGAGGAAGUGGACGGCAGCGAUACCUUCCAGAUCCGCACCGACCCUGUGACACAGGAGGGGGUGAUACUGCUCGUCAAGCCUCUGGAUUACGAGACCAAGAAACGGUUUGUAAUGGCCGCAGAGGCUUUCAACGACAACGUGGACACUCGCUUCCUGAGUUAUAACGAGUUCCGCGACCGGACGACCCUGAAGAUAUUUGUGGAGGACGUGGACGAGCCGCCAGUGUUCACAGCCGGAGAGUACGAGUGGAAAAUUCAGGAAAACAUGGCGGCAGGUACUACGGUGGGCAUCGUAAGUGCCAGGGACUCAGACGCUGCAAAUAAUCCUGUUAGGUAUUACAUUGAUAAAGGCUCUGAUAUGAAAAGAGAGUUCAAAAUAGACCCAGACAAUGGAACAAUUAUGAUUGCAAAAUCCCUGGACCGAGAGGUUUCAGCCUGGCACAAUUUAACCAUUACAGCCAAAGAGAAAAAAAAGAACUUUCUAUUUUCUUCUGCGCUGGUUUUUAUCAAAGUUCUGGACGUGAAUGACAAUGCCCCACAGCUCUCCCGUGAGUACCAGCCAUACAUCUGUGAAGGGGUACAGUCAGGUGAGCUUGUCCAAGUAAUUAGCGCUGUGGACCAGGAUGAACCUCCAGGGGGACACCAUUUCUAUUUUUCCAUGGUUCCGGAAAAGCGCAUCAACCCCAAUUUCACCCUGAGGGACAACCAAGACAACACCGCCAGCAUCCUGACGCGCAGGAGUUCCUUCACCCGGCAAGACCGCACCCAGUACCUCCUGCCCGUCGUCAUAACCGACAGCGGCAGCCCCGCCCUCACCAGCACCUCCACCCUCACUGUUAGCGUGUGCAGCUGUCACCCUGCCGGCCACUGCCCCACCGGGGGCGUGGAGGCCUUCGCUCUCUCCAUGGGCCUCAGCGUCCCGACGCUCGUCGGACUUCUGGUCUCCCUGCUCAUGCUCACGGUCCUGUCCGUACUAACGCUGGCAGUGUGGAUACACAGAAGGCAGCGACAGAAGAAGGAGCCAGGUCGGGAGAAGGGGGCAGAGCGCUGGGAUUUCGUUUCGGAAAAGGUCCUGCGGUACUCGGAGACGGACACGGUGGCCUGCCGGACGGUGCCCCUGAGGCCGCACCCUCGGCGAAGGGAGCGCAGGCUCCGGAGGGAGGAAGUGACGGCCAGCAUCCGCAUGUCGCUGCGCCACUCCUACCUCAUCGGCCCUGAGGACGAGGUAUUUCAGCAGUUCAUCCUGGACCGGCUGGCCGAUGCGGACAACGACCCUUGUGCCCCGCCCUUCGACUGCCUGCACGCCUACGCUUUCGAGGGGACUGGUUCCUCCGCCGGGUCCCUCAGCUCUCUGGGCUCCUGCGGCUCGGAGCCCAACUCAGAGAGGCCCCGGGAUCCGGGGCCGAAGUUCAUGCGGCUCGCCCCGUGGAUCGGGGGUGGAGAGGAGCAGACCACGUUCUGAGAGAGGUCGUAAGAAAUUAAGACCAGCGGACCCCUCCCCUCACACAGUAGCUGGACAGUCUUACACAGUGGGCUCCAGAAUAAUUACUUCAUACAAAUGGUGAAAAAAGGCUACAUUUAAUAAUGAUCUAUAUUUUAUGUUCAAAAACUGUCUUUUUAUUUCAAUACAUUUACUAUCAUGUUUCAGUGUUUUUUAUUUAGUAAUCUCAUUUUCACUGAAAACCACAGGUGCCAAAAUAAUUAUUUUUUAUACAAUUAUUGUAAAUAAUAUCAAGCAAAGUGAAAUUGGCAAUACAAUUUUACUUAAUUUAUUUAAUCUCAGUCUAAAGGAAUUAUAUUGUGACAUUCCAUCACCAGAGCAUAAAAAUCUAUGGAAUGGAAUGAAAAAACUAAAAUACACCUCCCUACCAACAAACUCUUUGAAAGGGUGGGACAAAGACAGCCCUUACUGAACACAAUAAACGAAAGCAGCAUCUUGAGUUUGCCAAACCUCAUUGGAAUUAUGACUGAAAGAGAUGAGAGUGAAAUGGCGGCAAAAUAGAAGCACCUCAUACCUAAUGUCAAAUAUGGCGGUGGGUCAUUGAUGUUUUUGCAGAGGCAGUGCUAGAGGUCCAGGGGCUCUAUUUAAGAUCAAUGACAAAAUGAAUUCAAUAAAGUACCAGGACAUCUGGUUGUCUCUGCUAGGAAGCUAGGACAUUGACUCCAAACAUACAUCAAAAUCCACACAGAAAUGGUUAAGUAAAAACAACAACCAUGUUCUGCAAUGGCCAUCUCAGUCUCAAGAUUUAAAUCCCAUGAAAAACAUGUGGUCUGAACUGAAGAGGGGGGGUAUUCCAAGGAUAUCAAUAAUUCUAAAAAGUUGCAUGGAGGAAUGGUCAAAAAUCCAGUUGCCAGUGGUAUUUGUAGAAGUUAUUAAACCAGGGUUGCCAAUAAUUGUGGAACCUGUUUUUUGGGGAAAUAUUUGUUUUAUUUGAAAAAGACUUGGUUGAUUCUAUGGACUCAUUAAUAAAGCAUACAGCUUUACAUAUGUUGGAAAAUAAAGCUUAUGUCAAUAACUAUUUUUUUUUAGUUUGCAGCAUUUUUUUGCAUAUUUAUCAAUAAUUCUGGAACUGUUAAUUUAAAACAAAAUCUUGCAGUGCCUCGAAUCUUGUCUAACAAUGUAUAAAUAUAAAUGUAAUUUUUUAGACGAAUCUGAAAUAAAAGUGUAAAUCCA